AGGGCGGGCGGCGGGGGCGCGGGCAGGCCUGCCGUCCUCAUGGAGCCGCUCCCGGCGCUCCCCGCCCCGGCUCCGCGCCCGCCGCCCCCAUGCGCACUCGCACCCCCGCAGGGGGAAGCCCCCGGCGGGAAGGGAACGCGGCGCUGCGCAGGGCUCGGUGUGAGUCGCUCGCUCCUGCUCACGGCUUUCCAGCCGCCUCCGCGCUGUCCCGAGGGAUCCCGACAGGGCUCCCCGCCGCCGCCCCUCCUCUUCCCCCGCCGGGGAACGGGAAAUAGCGCUCGAGAACAGGCGCUGCGGCUGGAGGGGCUCGCAGGCGCCCCGGCCGCGGGCUCGUGGGGUCCCCCGGGGAGGUGCUGCCGCCCCCGCUCGCUCUGCCUUCUCUCCUCCCGCCCGAGGAGAGAUCUGCGGGCCGCCUCUCACGGGCACCGGCGAGGCCGCGGCGAAGCUCUCAUGCUCCUGACGCCGCGGCCUCCGGCCCCUCCUGCCCGCCCGCGGGGCGGCUCCCAAACUUUCGUCCCGGCGGGUCUCAGAGCCUCCCGCUCCCCUCCACCGCGAGCCGGGCCGGGCCGGGCCGGGAGAGUCCCCCAGAGAGCCGCUCACGCUUCGCCGCGCCUUCCCCCGCCGGGCUCUGCGGCGGCAGCGCCGCCUCCGUCCCGUGGAAGUUGCGCCUCCCGCUGCCGCCAAUGCCGCCCCGGCCGGCGCCAGGCGGACACACCGGGCGUGGCCCGCGCGGGCCCGCCUCCCGCCGCGGCUCCCGCUUCCCCUGGGAGAGCGCGCGCCCGCCUCCCGCCCCGCGCUGCGGCGGGAUGGAUGGAUGGAUGGAUGAUGGAUGGCUGCUCCACUUGGCCCCCGUCUUGUCCGCCGUGCCAGACCCUGCACACACUGACCACUUGGGCUGAUUUAAUGGGCAAAAUGACAGAGCUGGUGUCAGUGAACUGGCUGGCUCACGAGUCCUACAGGACUACAGAAGCAUGGGACUUGGAAGAUGGGAAGCGUAACAACCCCCAUCAGGGGCCAUGGACACAAGGCAGGAAUGGCACUCCAACACUGAAUCCAGAGCAGUCCCUCAGCUUGGACAAAGGACAUGGUUUCAUUGUAGAUGUUCUCACAGAGUCCUAG